AUGCCUGGAUAUUUUAUAAACGAAAUAUCAAAUUGUGUUGAUGAAUCAUUGAUCGGCUAUGUUCGUGCCAAUAGUCAUUUGGAACUGGCUGGAAGGGCUGUCAUUGCACGCUCUCAAAUCCCGAGAACAGCAAUAAUUAGUGGUGGAGGAAGUGGACAUGAACCGGCUAUGGUUGGUUAUGUGGGUCGUGGUAUGUUGGCAGCGGCUGUUUGUGGAUCGAUCUUUGCAAGUCCACCAUCGUCGGAUAUAUUUCGUACAAUUGUAGAACUGAAACGUCGUGGUGCUCAAUCGAUUUUGUUAAUUAUACUAAACUAUACUGGAGAUCGCCUCAAUUUUGGAUUAGCAAUGGAGCGAGCCCGAGAAUUAGGUAUCGACAUUGACAUGUUAGUUGUAGCCGAUGAUGCAGCUGUUGAUCAUGCUAUUGGACCACGCGGUUUAUGUGGAACAUUAAUUGUCAUCAAAAUAGCUGGUGCAUUAGCUGAAAAAGGAGAGUCGAUGCCUGAAAUUGUCGAUUUUUGUCAAAAAGUCCGUGGAAAUUUACGUACAAUUGGUUUAUCAGCGUCUGGUAUUUGUGCUCCUGGACAAUCACAAUCAUUUCAGUUAGCUGAUGACGAGAUGGAAUUAGGACUUGGUAUCCAUGGUGAAUCGGGUGCCCAAAAACUCAAACUAUUGCCAUCUAAACAAGCUAUUGAUCUCGCAUUUGGACAACUGGUACGAGGAACACGUUCACUUGAUGUCAGACGCGAUGAUAAUGUUUUCUUAUUAGUUAAUAAUUUGGGAGGAUGUUCAAAUUUGGAAUUAGGUAUUAUUUUAAAAGAUGCUAUUGAAAAUUUAGAACAUCGUGGUUUACAUGUAAAACGUGUACUUUGUGGUGAAUUAAUGUCAUCUUUUAAUAUGAAAGGCUUUUCAUUGACUGUAUUAAAACUUGCCAAUAACAUAAUAUCAUCCAUAUUUGAAUUAAUUGAUUCUCCAACAGACGCCUAUGCAUGGCCAAAAACAAUUAGUAAUAUACAAUUAUCCAAUAGUAUACAACCUUUAUCAGAUUCAUUAGAAUUCAACGAUCAAUUCAGUUCACAGUUAGUUAGUAUUAAUGAACCACAAAUGGUCUUAAAUCAAUCUCAAGCUGAAUUAGUACAACAAGCACUACAAUUAGUUGUCAAACGACUACUCAGUGAAGCAGAUAGAUUGAAUAAAAUUGAUGCUGUUAGCGGUGAUGGUGACACCGGAGCAGCAUUCGCAAGAGCAGCCGAAGCUAUUAAUCGCGAUCUCAGCAAUAGUAGACUAGUGGUCAGUCGACCAUCAGCAUUCUUUCGUCGGCUUGGUCUUAUCGCGGAAGCCAAGAUGGGCGGAACAUGUGGUGCUAUCUGCGGACUCUUUUUCGCUGCUACUGCUAAAUAUAUUUCAGUUUCCGGUCGUCAAGGUAAAAUAAUUGAAAUUAUUUGUAAUGCAUUCGAGAAUGGAAUUCAGUCUGUUGAAAGUUACGCGAGAGUUCAACCAGGAGAUAAAUCACUGUUAGAUGCUCUUAUACCAGCCGUUGAUUUUAUCAGUCAAAGUACAACAACAGAUUUAUAUAUCCAACUCUUCAAAAACUUCUGUCAUUUUCGAAAAUGGAUAUUCAUUUUUUUUCACAC